AUUAGCCGAGCCAGAAAAACCCCAAUGAGCUUUUGAAAACCACCAUAAUUGCGGUAAGCAAUAGCCACCGAAUUCUGCAAAACAGAGAAUGGAGAGAAUACACGUGACCGUGCGAGCUCGGCCGCUCUCGGCUGAAGACGCCAAGACCAGCCCUUGGCGUAUCUCAGGCAACUCCAUCUUCAUCCCCAACCACUCCUCCAAGUUCGAAUUUGAUCGAAUUUUUGGUGAAGAUUGUAAGAACUUCGAAGUCUACCAAUCUCAGACCAAAGAUAUAGUCGCGGCUGCAGUUCGCGGUUUCAAUGGAACAGUUUUUGCUUAUGGGCAAACUAACAGUGGGAAAACUCACACAAUCCGAGGGUCGGCUAUUGAGCCGGGGGUGAUUCCUCUUGCAGUGCGUGAGAUGUUCAACAUUAUUCAAGAGGAUGUUGAUCGGGAGUUUCUUUUACGAAUGUCUUAUAUGGAGAUCUAUAAUGAGGACAUAAAUGAUUUAUUGGCUCCUGAGCAUCGAAAAUUGCAGAUUCAUGAAAGUCUAGAGCGAGGGAUAUAUGUUGCUGGAUUGCGCGAAGAAAUUGUUGCCUCUCCAGAGCAAGUGCUUGAUCUCAUGGAGUUUGGGGAAUCUCAUCGGCAUAUUGGAGAGACAAAUAUGAAUCUGUACAGUAGUAGGUCCCACACCAUUUUCCGCAUGAUAAUUGAAAGUCGAGAUAGAAACGAAGAUGAAGAUAUUGGUAGUUCUUGUGAUGCGGUCCGUGUUUCAGUUUUGAAUUUAGUGGACCUAGCUGGUUCAGAACGUGCUGCAAAAACUGGUGCUGAAGGUGUCCGGCUCAAAGAGGGUUCCCAUAUAAAUAAAAGCCUUAUGACAUUGGGAACUGUCAUUAAAAAAUUGAGUGAAGGUGCUGAGAGUCAAGGGGGACAUGUGCCAUAUCGAGAUAGCAAACUUACGCGAAUUUUGCAACCUGCUUUGGGUGGAAAUGCAAAUACAGCUAUAAUAUGCAACAUCACGCUAGCACAAAUUCAUGCAGACGAGACUAAAAGCAGUCUCCAAUUUGCAAGUAGAGCAUUACGUGUCACAAACUGUGCUCGUGUCAACGAGAUUUUAACAGAUGCUGCUCUUCUAAAGCGUCAAAAGAAGGAAAUUGAGGUGCUUCGAGCCAAAUUGCAGGAAUCUCAUUCAGAACAUUGGGCAGAGGAAAUCCUCAAUCUGCGAAAUACACUACUGCAGACUGAGUUAGAGAGGGAGCGCAUAGCUUUGGAGUUGGAGGAGGAAAAGAAAGCCCAAGCCGAAAGAGAGAAGAUGGUGCAACAGCAAGCUAAGAAAAUUGAAAAUUUAAGCUCAAUGGUUUUGUAUUCAAAUAGGGAUGAGACUCAAGAUCGCUUCAAGAAGGAGAAGAGGCGUGAUACUUGGUGUCCAGGUAAUCUUACAAGGGAGACUCAGGGAGAGGUGGUAUCCACCAUCCAAUCAAAGGCAUCCGCGGCAAAAACCGUGAGACCUAUGCGUGAUGUUGGACCACUUCUUCCUUUUCAAGAACUGGUGCAUGAGACUGAAGUUGCCGAGAAUGAGUCUUGCAAAGAAGAUGAAGAAUGUAAAAACAUCACAUUGGAUGACUCUGCUCUUCCCGAUCCAUGUGCUUUAUUACAUGUUACUAACAGGAGAAAAGUGCCACCCAGGAAGAAAAGCUUAACCCUGGACAAUGAUUUAGUAGAUUUGCAAGCAGAAUAUGAAGAUUUGCUUAUAAAAUUUGAAAUUCAGAGAACUUUGAGUGAGAUACAAAUUGAAUGCUUGACACGAAAGCUUGCUGAGGCUGAUAUGUUUUCUGGAGCAAUGUAUAAUGACUACUUCACAUCUUAUCUCGAUAAAGGUACCAUUAAUGGGGACAAUAACAUUAGUUUAAGAGAGUCGGAGGCUAUUCUUGUGAUUAAGCGACUUCAAGAACAGAUUAAGAUGCUAGAAAUGGAGAAGUCUUCAAGCCAGCAGAAUCUGGAUAGUGUAGUUGACCUUGCAACAGAGCAGAACAUAUGUGCCAGGGAGAAGUUUGGCGAGCUCUAUGAAGAGCUUCUAAUUGCACGUGAGGAGGCUAGGGUCGCUCGUGAGCAUCCUUGGAAUGAAUCUGUAGCAAAAGUGGAUGACAAAAGUUCUGACUUGGUGAUCAAGCUUGCAAAGGAAGUCCGAGAAAUAAUGUUGGAAGUUCAAAGCUCAGAAAUAGCAAUAGAAAGUGUAUCUUCACUUCUGGACGAGGGCUCUAAGAGUUUCUCUGUGCUAUUUGAUACGUUCCUAGAUUUCAAGACUUCAAUGUGCCAAUUCUCUUUACAACAAAAGAAUAUUAUCAGUAACCACGAGAAGUUAAACUUGUACCUGAUGGAAAAAGUUUCUGAACUUGAGAAUGAAAAGUGCCUUCUGCACAAUCAAACAGUUGAUCUUCAGAACCAGAUAGAGGAACUGAAACUAGACGCUCAAAAUUCUGAAAAGUCCUUGAGGGAACUUCUGGAACAACAGGAUUUGGAAAAGGGAGAAUAUCUUUCUUAUAUGCAAGUUCUUGAAAAGGAAAUAUCAGGUUUAUCAUCUUGUUCUUUGGCUAAGGAAAAGGAAAGUUUGAGAAAAGAUGUUGAGAAAACAAGAAUGAAGUUGAAAGAGACUGAGUUUAAGCUUAAGAAUGCCAUACAAGAUAAGACCAAACUGGAGGGUGAAAAAGCUUCUGCCGAACGAGAAAUAAAACGAUUGCACGGUCAGAACUCUCUUCUUGAACGUGACAUGAGCAAGCAUGACUCUCUUGCUGGUAGAAGGCGUGAUUCAGUUAUGUCUGAUUCUAAAAGAACAAAAAACCUUGCUUUUGAACAGACAUUGCAGGAAGAAUACAAAAAGAUGGAAGUUUAUGCUUUUGAAAUGGAAACAAAGAUGACUUCUCUAGAAGAAGAGUUAGCAGCUGUGUACAGGGAAAAAGAAGAUGCUGUGUCGAUCAGCGAAGGUUUAGCAUCUGAACUAGAAAACCUGUCUGAAAAAUUGAGUACAUCAAACUUGGAACUUGAAGCAUUGCAGGAAGAGCUUUUGGCCCUGAAACAGAGGCUGGAAGAAUCUGAAUUUGAGCAGCAAAAGAUGGAAGGCUCCAUUAAAAUGUUCACUGAAGAAAAGGAAGACUUGGCGAUGCAACUUACAGAUUCCCUUUUGGAAAUGGAGGAGGAAAGAGCAAUAUGGUCAGCUAAGGAGAAGGCUUCCAUUGAAGCCAUAGAAGAGAAAUCAAAGGUAUACAACAUGGAGAUUACAUCAUCAUCACGGGAAAUGUCAGAGGUGAGAAAUGAAUUGGAGUCUUGUAGAAAAGAAUGCAAGGUCCUUAGGGAAAGAUUAACUUCUUGUGAGGAAACUGCGGGACAGAAGACUUGCAGCAUGGAGAAGUCUUUUGAGAUUGAUCAAGUGAAUAAUGACAAAAAUAUAACUGGCGCUCUGAGCAAACGGUCUGAAGAAAUGUUGAGCUCAAAUUCAGAGAUGUGCGGAAUUCAUCAAUGCGAGGAAGUGAAUAUGCUUCGGAAGGAGCUCAGCUUUCUGAGUAAAGAAAGAGAAGGUUUGUUGACUCAAAUAAGAGAGUUGUCAGAACUUUCAAAUGACUACCAGAGUCUGAACAACCAGCUCUGUGUUAUGUCAAAGGAAAAGGAUAAAUUAGUGACUCAGAUCGAAGAGCAGCAGAAACAUGCAAUUGAAGAAGAAAGUCUCAGUAAACGUUACAAUGACUUGUUAAUGGAGGCAAAGGUUCAAGUGGAGGAACUGACAAGGAGAAUUUCAAGCAUGGAGCUUAAGAUUCACAAAGAUCAAGUUGAAAACGGCAUAGGGAAGGCAAAGCUUCGAAUGAGGCUUCAAGGGGCACAAGCAAGGUUAGAUGCCUUUCGAAGUAGAUAUAAAGAAACACGGGACGAGUCCGAUCACAUGAACAGAAAGUUUGAGGAGGCUUCAAAAAAUCUAAAGGAGCAGUUAGCGACAAAAGGAGUCGAGGUCCUCAGCCUGAAGAAGCAGCUUGCUGCGAAGGGGUUAUGAACAAAAAUUCAUCAAGAAGUUGUAAAGCAUGAUUAUUUGUCUUGUCUACCAUUUAAUGAAAUAUAUUUAGUAGGAAUGAGUGUCUUGUACACAGCUAUGAACCUUGACUUUGACCGUAAUUUCUUAUUUUGUUAUUCA